CUCAGAUAAAAGACAAACGAGGCAAACGGAGCGUAAACGAGAGGAGCGGAAAAAGAGGAGAAGAAGCGAAAAGAGGAAAAAAGGCGGACAAACAGAAAGAGAGAGAGGAAAGUGCUCGGCUCGGACUCUCGCUGCGCAAACUCGAGGGCGCGCGCGCGCUUUCUGAUGCACCUCUCUUGCACGGGAAUAUUUCAGCGGGAGCAGCACGCGCGCGCGCGCACAGCCGGCGGUUUUUACCUGCAGCUUUGCCCGCGUGCUACUUCGGCUACUUUUGUUUUUUGUUUUUAUUUUUUUUGUUUUUGUUUUUUUGCGUCUAAAUCGUUCUUCUCUGAAGGUUUUGCGCACAUCUGGAUAACUGAGGCUUCACCAGCAGCCGUCAGUCAUUAGUUUGCUUGCUCCCGUCUGAAGUCAGAAAAUGAAGACUGCCAAAGUUAAAAUGACCGCUCCAAGCAAGACGGAUGUAUUCGUGUGUUUAGCUGUGUAAACCAAACAGCGCUGAUCCAUAUCUUAGGAGUAUUUUUAGGCUUGUGGAGGAAGAGAAAUGGACUUAAAGGGAGGAGACGAGAGGGAGGAAGGCAGUCAGAGUUUGCAGGAUGUAUGAAUGUAACCGAGGCUUUGGACAGUGUGUGACGGGGGUCUGAUAUUGUCCGUCGACUUCUGUUCUAGUUUAAAUCCCGGAAAGACUUACCCAAAAAGGGCUCAGACGGACUAUCAACAUCCCUGAGCUGAGAUUCAGUCUUCACUUGGUGGCGGAACAGGACAUCAGUCAUGGAGAGUGCGUGCUCUAUUGAAGAGGAUCUGUCCGGCAGUAAUGGUAGUGGCGCCGGAUCCUUUCCUUUGGUCAAUCGGAGCAUAAAACUCCCCCCAUAUUCACCUGAAGCAACCGCAGCCUUCGCCACAGCCAUCACACUAAUGAUCGUCUUCACCAUUGUGGGCAACAUCCUGGUCAUCAUUGCCGUGCUGACUAGUCGCUCUCUGAGGGGUCCGCAGAAUCUCUUCCUGGUCUCUCUGGCAGCGGCCGACAUCCUGGUGGCCACCUUAAUCAUCCCGUUCUCGCUGGCCAAUGAGCUGAUGGGCUACUGGUACUUCCGCUCAGUGUGGUGUGAGAUCUACCUGGCACUGGACGUCUUGUUCUGCACGUCCUCUAUCGUGCACCUGUGUGCCAUCAGCCUGGACCGCUACUUGUCCAUCUCCAGGGCCGUGACAUAUGGUGCCCAGAGGACACCGCGCCGCAUCAAGUGCGCCAUCUUAGUUGUUUGGCUGAUUUCAGCAGUCAUUUCCUUCCCACCUCUCCUGUCCAUGAACAAGAAAAAAGGGAAGGACUCUGCAGGGUGUCCACAGUGCGAGCUGAACAACGAACGCUGGUAUAUCCUUUACUCCACCGUUGGCUCCUUCUUCGCUCCCUGCCUGAUCAUGAUCCUGGUCUACAUGCGGAUUUAUCAAAUCGCCAAGCAGCGCACAAGGUGCCCACCAGGGGAACCAAGGAAGGAAAUCCCUGCCAGUGCUGCCACCCCUCAACACAAACCCAAGGCUCUUCAGAAUGGCAGAGGAGAUGGUGCCACUACUCCUUGCACCCCUCAGAAAAACCCAACUAUGCCCCGACCUCCCACUCUUGCUGUGCCUCAAGUAGAGUCACUUCACAUGGGCAAGCAGCAGCCAGCAACCACCCCAACCACAAACAACCUUCUGCCCCCUCCUUCACCUUCUGCAGCCUUGACCCCAGCCACCCCUUCUUCUCCUCUAGGACCUUCCCCGUCCCUCUCACCUUCCAUCUCAUCUAACCAAAAGCAAGACCCAGCACCCAAAAAACCCAGUGGGUGGAAGAAGGAGAAGAAGAUUGGCAAGAAGCAUGACAACAACAACGGGGAAAGCUCAACGUCUGAUUCCGACACCGAGCAGGGAGGGAUUGGGACGGAGAUGCCCAUGACGCCCAGCAUUGAACCUAACGCUGGUAUCCACUCGCCUGCCACCAUCCAGAAGUACAGAGACAUGGUCGCCACAGCAAAGGGCACCAGGCUGGCUUCUCGGAGGUCCAAGCAGGAAGGGACACCCAACUCAGCCCGCCGCAAGGCCAUGGUGAACCGGGAGAAGCGCUUCACUUUUGUGCUGGCGGUGGUCAUUGGCGUUUUCGUCGUCUGUUGGUUUCCCUUCUUCUUCUCCUACAGCCUGCAGGCUGUGUGCCCAGAGGUGUGCACCCUCCCCGACCCCCUCUUCAAAUUCUUCUUCUGGAUCGGAUACUGCAACAGCUGCCUCAACCCCGUCAUCUACACUAUCUUCAACAAAGACUUCCGCAGAGCCUUCAAGAGGAUACUCUGCAAGAACACCAAGGGUACAUUCUUUUGACUGACCACUAGGUCUGUGAUCUUUUUGCGGUACAAGUAUCUGGAAAACUGCGUACUGUACAAUUUAUUAAAAAGCACAAUAACUUCAUUGCAAUCGUGUACAUAAGGGCCUUUUUGUGCAGCCCCUGCAAAUCAAGGACUGCAUGCAAUGAUAAAGCACAUUUUAAUAUGUGUCGAAUGAAAGCCACAUGCCAUUGUAUCUGGGAGAAGACCUCCUGGACAUUUGCAGGUUUACUAGAUACCAAGACUCAUCCGACAGACGCACAGCAGAAAGAGAGAACGAACAUCUCGACGGGACUGCAAAAGACAUAUACCCCGUCCUGUUUUAUAGCGGUUAUUGUGCACCUGUGAGGAUAACAAAGUAAAGGGAACACAAUGUAAUAGUGUUUUCCCUUUUUUCGCCUUUCUAAGAAUACCUGCCCUCAGGGAUAGCACAAGUAUGGAUUUCUGUAGGGAUUUCAAUCCAACCAGAGUCUUAUUUUAUCCCUCCAGAAUUCUCACACACACACACAAAAACAUCACAGAGACACACUUUUACACUGAUUCUCCUCCCAGAUACCUGUCAAGCUUUAAUUCUGUGUAGAGAAAAGACAACGAGGGGAGGGAAAUGAAUUGAUGUAGGAUUCACUGAAGGAGCCUAAAAGCUGUUGGAUGCAGAUGGCACUGGGGAGGGGGGUGAUUUCCUUGCCAUGCCCAUCUUCUCCACCUUCCUAAUGCAAGCAUGCUCGCUGAAUACAAAGCACCUACCAUGGACCGGGGAGAGCUUCAUUGUCUUUCUCCAGCAGGUUAUCUGACAGAGGCUCAGCCUGCGUACUAAUGCAGUGAAAAGCUUUAAGGUAGAUGAGGAAUAAAAUAAACAAGCUUGUCAUGGACAUGGCUGAGGAAGAUGUGUUUGUACUUAAAUUGACCCCCAAGACUGAUCACGAGAUCCUAAGACCAUUGCUAAAACCAUAGCAAUGGCAUUACUUACUGUGGUGACUGAAUCAGGGUAAUAAGGACUCUUCCUGAUAUCUGGAAUUGUUUGUUUGUUUAUUUUUCACUUUUCUCUACAAGAACUGGGGAUUUCUGCCAUAAACUGAACUAUCGCACCCUCUGUUUAACCGUUCAGCAGGGUGAUACUUUGGGACUAAGGGCUGAUGGCAAUGACACUUCCUAUUUCGUUCUCUGGUCGCUGUCACUUAUUUGACGACUGCUGUGUCUGUGUGUGCGAGAGAAAGAAACUGCACCUAUUCCGAGCGAGUGUUGCGUGCGACUGGCUCAUGGGUGAAUGCGGAUGUGUGCUGUGGACGACAGUGUGUGCGUAUGCGAUGUACAGGGAGGUUUAUUUGGAUUUUUUUGGGGUUUGUUUCUUUGUGAAUCUUUUGGCCUGUGCAUUAUGAAGAUCCAUCACAAACCCCCCCCCCCUCCUCCUCCUUAUUCCAUUGGCUGAAAAUGGACAAUAUGCGUUCGAUUAAAAAUGGUCGGCAUGCCUUCUUUGCCAGCUCGUGCCAAUGCCUUCAAUCCAGCUCCUUCUUGUGCCAAUGCUGUUACAUGUUUGGCUGCUAAACCGUGUCUUCUUAUACAAAUGAUAUGAAAAGUGGGUUCCCGGCCAGAGCCGUUGUUUGUGUUUGUUUUUUUGUUUUGUUUUUUUUCAUCCCAAAGCAAACAGUUCUGUUAGGUGUGGGAUUGCAGUUUAGUCGUGAAGCCUUUUGAGAUUAAAGGGUAGCAUUGAAAUGUUACGUUGAGAGCUGUGAACAAUUUUGGUUUUGUAUUAUUUAUUUAUUUGCCUGUUUCUGUUUUGCCCAUGCAUAUUUAUUAAUGCCAGUUUGUCAUGGAUUCUUUGUUUUCUCUGUAAGUUGUUGCUGGGCUGGGGGGUGGGCAGUCAGGGAUGGGGCAUGUUAUGUAAAAAAGCUAUAAUUCACAAAGUACUUAAAAGGCUACACAUCAUUUUACAAAAGAGUCUUAACUGAUUGUCACUUAAAGGGGCACUCCGGCCAAUAUGGCACAUGCAACCACUGCUUCAUCUGUAGCCCACCCGCCUCCUACAGCGCUGCCAAAGUAGCUUCUAGAGUGAGAUUUUCAGGUUUAAACACUUGAGAACUUUUCUAAUGAUGAAGUGGGAGGAAGAAAAACUACAACAGAUUUUUUUUUUUUGUUUUGCCAGCUGCCUAAUGUUAGGAAUGCUAGGAAUUUCUCAUCUGUAUUUAUUAGCAUCUACAUCAGUGGCUAUGCUGGCAGUGAGAGUUACUUUAUCACAUGGGUGGGGGAGGGGAGGAUUCCCAAAGGUUGUGUGAAGUGUUGGCAUAAUGCAUGCUGGGUAUUGUAGUGAGAGAACUUUGGAAAGAGAAAAUCGUGAAUUCUGUCAAACUGAUGAGGCUGAGGGAUGCAAUGCUGUAAUAAUAAUAAUAAUAAUAAUAAUACAAUAAAUUUUAGCUUUAGGCCGGAACGCCCCUUUAAUCAGGAUGCCUUUGGUUUACCAUGUCGGGACGUUGCGUUUGGACUGCACUCUCCAAAGCUUUGCGGAGCUUCAUGAUCUCUCCUCUCUGUGUAGUCUGGAUUGCUUUUCUCCACUAUUUGAAAAUAAAGCCACUGAAAUAUG